AUGGCUUCAUACGACAGCGACUCAUCUGCUGACGACAGUCUUGACGUUCAGACGAACGUAACUCUAGGCUAUGCGGCCGAAGCACCAGCUGGCGACGAGAUCAGCCAUGUUGGCGGUCACCCGACUUGGCUGGACGGGAGUGUCAAACCCUCAGCAGACUUUGCGAAAUGCAAGGUUUGCAACAACUACAUGUCGCUAUUGUUACAGCUUCAAGCAGAUCUCCAGCAACAGUUUCCAGAUGAUGAGCGUAGGCUAUUUGUAUGGUGCUGCAGGAAAAAGCAAUGUUGGAGAAAGAAUGGAAGUGUCAAGGCAUUUAGAGAAGUAAAGAAGGCGAAACCCAGGAAGACACAAACUCCGCGACCACAGCAGCAGGCGAAUGCUAGUCAGCCACAAACGAACCUUGGGAAUCAGCUAUUCUCAAGCCCAUCUUCACCACCUCCGAGCCAGAAUCUCAAUCCAUUUGCAACUUCCUCCAGUCCUAUGAACCCCUUCUCAGUCCAGCCUGCCACGAACAGCAAUCACCUGUCCGAUCUCGCAGCAAAAUCACCUCAACCACCAAUUCAAUCCUUCGCGCAAAAGCUUACAAUCUCCUCCUCAAAACCAGAAUCACAACCACAGCCGAAUUCAGAUCCUUGGCCGCCAAACUCCUCCUUUCCACCCCCACUACCACAUUUCUACCUAGACGCCGAAGCCGAAUACCUCGAACCCGAUACAAGACCGACGGCAGAAUCCUCCUCCUCAAACACAGGCUACAAUUCCCGCAUAACAGAGCUAGAAGACGACGGCCCCAGCUCUGCCGCCGCAGAAAAAGAUCUAUACGAAUCACCACAUGAUAAGACCUUCUCGCAUUUCACCAAGAUACUCGCUCAGAAUCCUGAACAGAUACUGCGGUAUGAGUUCGGUGGGUCUCCGUUACUGUACAGCUCGGCAGAUCAGGUAGCGACACAUUUCGUCUUGCCGGGACACCAGCUGCACCAGAAGGUGAAAAUGGCUGGACCGGUGAAAGGGAUCCCGAAUUGUCGAUACUGUGGUGCAGCACGGGUAUUUGAGAUGCAGCUAGUGCCGUGUUUGAUCUUUGAAUUGGAGAAGGAUAAUGAAGAGGCUUUGAAGCUUGAUGGUCAGGAGGGGAUGGAAUGGGGCACCAUUAUUGUUGGGUGCUGUAGUAAAAAUUGUGGUGACGAGGCGGAGGGUAAGGUUGUGUUCAGAGAAGAAUGGGUGGGUGUGCAAUGGGAGGAGAACGUGGAUAAGAAGCAGAGGCAAUAA